AUGGCAUUGGAACCGAUCAACAUUGUCACCCAUUCGAGGGAGAUCGAACAAGAAUAUCUCAAAGUGGUUAGAGGUAACGAUCCUGAUACUACUUGGUUGAUCAUUUCUCCAAAUGAAAAGAAAGAAUAUGCACCACAUAGUGUUGGUUCAGGCUUUAGUGAAUUUUUAGGUUCGUUUGAUGAUGUUAAAGUUCAAUAUGGGUUAGCAAGGGUUUCACCUCCAGGAUCUGAUGUUGAGAAACUUGUUCUGGUUGGUUGGUGCCCAGACUCUGCUCCAAUGAAGACGAGAGCUUCAUUUGCAUCUAAUUUUGCUACCGUCUCUAAUCAGCUUUUCAAAGGUUACCAUAUUCAAGUUACCGCUAGAGAUUCGGAUGAUCUUGAUGAAAAUGACCUUCUAAAACGUGUUAGUAAUGCCGCUGGUGCUCGCUAUUCAAUCCAAAGUGCCGGCACGGGUACUUCCACAGCUCCAAAGACUGCAGGCUCUUCUAGGUUAGCAACACCAUCUCCAGCACCAAGCGUUAGCGCCCCCACUAGCGCCCCCACUGGUACCGGAGCUCCACCUGCUGCUCCAUCUAAACCUUCACCUGGUCCUUCGUCUGCAGCUAAGUCUGCUGGUAAUGAUAAUGACGAUGACUGGGGUGAACCUGAAGUCAAAGAACGUGAUUUGGAAAAGGAACCAGUUAAGACUAAUCAAUCUUCUUACAAACCAAUUGGCAAGGUGGAUUUACAAAAAAUCAUUGCCGAAGAAAGUUCAAGAGAAGAUCCUCGUCUGGUGAGUAAUGUUCCUGUGGAAGGCAAAAGGGCUCCUGAUGCUGGUAUGGCUUCACCAAACACAACCUCUAGUUUUAAGCCUGAAACAAAGCCAAAGAGCACUGGUACUGGCACUGGUGGGCCAUUGGGUACGAAGCCACCGAUUAACUUUGGUGCCUCUCAAGGUAAAGAUGAUGAUAAAGUGAUUAAAGGUUUCAAGAACGAGAAGAGUCCUGCUCAAAUCUGGGCGGAAAAGAAAGCUGCUCAAAACGGUGGGAAUCCACCCGCCCCUACACCAACACCAACCGCAACUUCAUCCGCUCCUGAACCUGCAGCUGCUCCUGAGCCUGUCGCAAAACCUGAACCGGUUGCAAAACCUGAACCCGAGCAACCUGCUUCAGGAUCUUCAAAUGUUGAGAGUGAACAAGAACCAGAAGUUAAGGAUCUAAAAUCAAAAUUUGAUCAAUUAUCGGCCAAUAAUGAACCGCCAAUUAUCCAACCAAAGGCACCAGUUAAUAAUAAACCACUCAACGAAACCGAACCAAAAUCUGUCCUUCCUCCUCCAAGUAAUAAGAAACAAUUUGGUACCCCAUUACCAGGUAUGCACACUGAAGAUGAUAAUGAAGACAACAAGGAAGAAGAAGGUGGCGAUGAGGAUGAUGACUGGGAUGAUGAUGAGCCAUCUGCACCAAAACUACCAUCGAGAAAUGCCGCGAACGUGGCACCACCACCACCACCAUCAACUCAAAAAUCUGAAGUACAGCCACAAACAGAAAAUGAACCGGAAAAGGGGAAUGAUGAACAAGGAUCGCCUGCACCACCUCUGCCAAGCAGAACAUACGAUCAAGAACCUCCAGCACCAUCACUACCAAGUAGAAAGCAAGAAGAAGAAGAAGAAGCACCAGCCCCACAAUUGCCAAGUAGAAGCGGAGGCCAAGUAGAAGAGCAACCACCUGCAUUGCCUUCAAGGAAUUAUACUCUGCAGGGGAAUGAAAGUGCGAACGAACAAGGUCCACCACCACCAACGUUGCCUGCAAGACACGUUGAAAAUGAAAAUGAAAGCGGAAAUACCAGUUCAAACCCGUCCGCGAUUGCAGAAUACGACUACGAUGCUGCUGAGGACAACGAGUUGACAUUUAGAGAAAACGACAAGAUUGUUAACAUCGAAUUCGUUGAUGAAGACUGGUGGUUAGGCGAAUUAGGAAGCACAGGUGAAAAGGGUUUAUUCCCAAGUAACUACGUCUCCUUGCAGCAUUAG